AUCAAGACGCGCACGUGUUCGUCGCGUUCGUCUGCCGGUCGUGUGUCCGCGUGUUUUCGCAGUUCGGUGUGUGACAGCCUGGUGUGUUCCGCUACCGUCGUACGAGAUCGAUUGGUGUGUGAUCGUGAUCGGAUUUUCGCGGUUUUUUGUGAAAGUUGUGUUUUGGUUGUUUUUGAGUGUUUUUGGUUUUGUCUCGCCGCCCCUCUCGGCGUUAAGGAUACUUGGCCGGUUGCAUUUUCGCCCUUUUUCGGAGGAUUAUUGGACUAGAGUCUGCGAACGUUUCAGUACCUCACUUGAUCUAAGGAUUGACACCGUGGCAGGAUGCUGAAGUGGCUGGUCGCGCACAGCCUACACAAGCUCCCUCGUGGAUGAGUGGUUUUUUAAUUGUUCAAUUCGUUCCACAUGCUCAGUUUGCCAUUAACGUCAUUCGCAGACGGGAGCGGUGAUUUACGAAUGGGUGAGGCGGCGGGAUGCUGAAGUGGCUGGCCCGCCCAAGGACGCCUCCAGAUCUCGUCACAGAUGACCCAUUGGCCACAAUAGCUCCCGAUGCCCAGCCUCACGUUUACGCCGUCAGCAGGAUCAACCCUUUAUUCGUGGAGGAGGAUUCGGGGAACGAGGAGAGUCUAGCGCCGCGACGGAAGCUGACCAGCUCGGGCUAUGGCAGCAAACUCUCCUCCUCUCGAACCGAGCGAACGACCAGCGGGACGACGAGCAGCCAGAGCCAGCAGAGCCGCGACGUCAGCCAGACCCGCGAUCUUACAAUUAGCCAGACCCGCGACACCAGCCAUAGCCGCGACGGUAGCCAAAGAAGCUCGCUGGAUCCGGAGCGAGAGCACGCUCCGAUCCAGGUGAUCGAGCAGAACCCGGCCUUCGUCAAGAGCAUCCAGGUCUCCUUCAAAGGCGUCUGCGCCAAGAAGCACUGCCCGCUGGCCCUCUCCACCAUCCCCGAGGGCAAGGUCGACUACUGCAUCCCCCGCCCCGUUUGGCCGAGAUAUGAGAAUCGACAACGCAAACCGCCCUCCGUGUAUGCUGACGAAAGCAUCUACUGGUACUCCAGUCUGUCGCAGAAGGCGCCGGACGCGCGCUAUGCGCUGGAGCCACGCAAAGCCGCCAUGUACGAGCGCGAGCAGAAGUCGGCUUGCGAGAUCCUGCGGGACCUCUCGUCGACGAUCGACCAGGCCGCGGACCCGGCGCAGGCCGCCAACCCGGAGGACGUCCUCCGCCACCUCAAGCGCACCAUCAACAAGUCCCUCGAGCUCCUCUCCUCGGAGACCGCCCUACGCCGCCUCUCCGAGUCGAUGCGCGAGAGCGACACGGUGAUCACCAUGAACCGGGCCCUCAGCCGCUCCAGCUCCGUCAACGAGUGGUCCUUCUCCGAGACGGACCCCGGGCGCCUGGAGCUCCUCCGGCGGCUCGGCAAGUUCGACGGCUCCCUCUACGACCCGGUGCGGCAGUCCUCGAGCAGCUCCACGUCCUCCGGCUUCUCGGACCUGACGCUCUCGCCGCAGUCGUCGGCCUCCUCGGCGGAGUCCGCGUCGCCGGGGUCCCGGCCGCGGUACCCGGUCUUCGUCCACGACAACGUCGCCCAGGUCCCCAACGGGCUCCGCAACGCCGUCCUCUACGGCUCCCUCUCGGGCGUCGAGUACGAGAAGCUCCGGCUCCCGGAGCUCCAGCCGCACCUCGACGCCGGGCCCCGGCCCCGCGAGAUCGAGCCCGAGACCAAGACUGAAAAACUAGAUUAUGGUUACCGUGGUCCGGACUUCACGCUGGACGUGCACCAGGCGGAGAAGCUGAUGCUGCGGAUCGCGGCGGACAAGAAGCGACGAUGCUGGUGCCGGAUCAGCGUCUCCCUCCUGGGCCUUGCCUUCCUCCUCUUCUCGGUCAUGAGUUUCAGCAUGAUGCUCACACGCGGACAGCGCCUCUUCGGGUCCCUCUAGCACCUCACCCCCCCCCC